AUGGAACGAGCCCGCAUCCGGGUGGGGUCACGUCGGCAGAUUGCUCGCGGUGGGAAGAGGUUGAGCGCUCUUCUUGCGCAAAAUGGCAAGACAUUCAAACGGUCGGUGCUCACACCAGAGAUGGUGAUGGAAGAAGAGAGAAUGGCGGCCCGUAUGAUCCAGCGCAUGGUUCGAGCGCGCCUGGCCCGCAACUACUUUCGGCGCGUACUUGCUGAAGUGUAUACCAAGAUCUAUGACAAAAAGACAAAACAAGUCCGGUACAUCGACAACCGAACGGGCAUCGCGACAGAAACCAAGCCGCUCUUGUUGCUUUUGAUGCAAUGCGAAGGGAGCGAGCAAAUCGAGGCACUUUCUCCCGAUGACGCUGCCGUUCGAGUCCAGCACUGUGUUCGAACGUGGCGGGCGAGGCUCUUGCUUCGAGACAUGAUUCGGGACAUGUAUCAAAAGCACAUGGAUCCCAAGUCCAAGGAGUAUUACUACCUGAACACUCAAACCAGACAAGUGUUUUACACGAAACCGGUGUUUCUUGGCGACGACGACAUUGAGCUGGAGCGAUUCAAGUACCGACAUGCCGCAUGUCGGUUGUCCACAAAAGCCAACUUGAUCGGGAACGGCGUCUUGGUGCUGUUCAAUCGAGUGCUGUGCAUCUUAACCGACAACUUUUCAUUGCCGGACGAAGAGACCGCGCGGUUUUCACGUGUUCAGUUUAAUCAUCGCCAAGGCUCGAUCCCGUUUAUGAUUCGUCUGAGGAGCGACCUCUUCUUCAUGACAUCGACGCACACAUCGUACCAGUUGGACGCCGACUCGGCGCUAGAUUUUUCGCUGUGCGCGAUCGACGCCGACGAAUUCAAAACCGCCGCGGGCGACUCGCUUCGACACGACGAAGUUGAAAUGGUUGGUCACCCGCAUGGGAAGAUGGCAGUUGUAAAUCGCGGACACAUUGACAAGUUCAUUCCAAACAUGGUCAAGCCGAAACGAAUGCAGUAUCGAAUUCCGAUGGAAUCGGGGGCGUCCGGCAGUCCCGUGUUCAACUUUGGCGGGCGAUUAAUCGGCAUUCACCACAACACGUCAUUGCGCGAACCCGCGCUUGACUUCACCUACCUCAAACCCAUCAUCGAGUUUUCGAAUGCCCAAAUCAAGCCCCCCGUGCCCCUCCUACAAUCCGCGUGCCUUACCCAUGACACCGUGAACGUGUAUUGGCAAGUGCCACCACUUUAUAAGCCGUGGAAGGGCCUCCAGCUUGAAUUUAUCCUUGAAAUGUGCAACCGGACCCUCCGUGGCACCAAGGGUUACUAUGAUCACUUCGACCCUAUUUACACUGGUCCCAAGACGACCUUUACCGUCGAGCAUCUCAAACCAGCGACAAAAUACGCAUUUCGAUGCCGCAGUGCACACUACAUGGACAAGAGCGGGUGGUGUACCGUCAUGCAGCUCACAACUCUGCCAGCGGCCACGGCCGCGUGGGAACUAAAAUAUUGCACGACCGUCGCAGACGCGAUUGCAUUUAUGGACAAAUCCAACGACGCGCAAGUCCAUCGACAGAGCGUUCUGUGGUUGAAGGAACGCACGGGCAAACUGCGCCAGAGCACUCCGGAAGAAUGGUCCGCAAUGGAGCCUCAGGUCAUUGCGUGCCACGCAGCCAACACGCUGCGUCAAUCGAUAGACAAAUUCCACCACCUCGACGACCACGUUCUUGACUGCCUCGAUGUCAUGGGGCAGUGCUGUCAAUUUCGGACAGAAUUCCGCGAUCGAAUGGUCGACAUGCCGACGUUUGAGUGGAUUGCUCGCAUCUUUCCCCACUUUUCGUCCGUUCCUACCGUGCUGGAAAAGACUCUGGGGCUUGUCGGCUAUUUGGUCAAGGACAAUGAGUCGGGGAAACAGAUCUUCAUGGCCAUUCAAGGCAUCCCAACCGUCCUCGAGCUCAUGGAGGCCAACUUGACGAGCGAAGGACUCGUCCGCGAAGCGUGUUACUUGCUGGCAGCGCUGUGCCAAAACUUUCGGCCAGCCCAGCAACACAUGGGCGUCAAUAUGGGCAUCAAGGUCAUGUCCAAGGUGCUCGUGGCAUUUCCGUAUCAUCCCCAAGUGCUGUACUGGGCUUGCUUGACGCUUGGCAACGUUGCUUGUGACUAUGAACCCAACCAAGCCCGCGGACAAAAGUACCACAUUGUCGACUGCCUUGUCCAGUCCAAGAUCACGUUCAUCUUGAAACUCAACUCACUCGAAGAAGCGAUCGAGAAGGAAACCCAGUUGAUUGCUCGCCUGGCUGCGACCGCGAUCGGGGAAGAAGUCCGGAACGAAAUGGAUUUACACGAUCACCGCCGACAAAGUCUGCUCGACAUGUACAACUUUAUGAAAAGCGAGAACGUGCUGGGGGUGGCCAAUUACGCGCUGGAGUAUAUGAUGAAUGACAGUCAAAAGGAAGUUCAAGCACGGACCAAGCAAAUGGCCACGCGCAUUGUGACGAUUCGACUCGGUGCGGCGAUGGAACACUGGCAUCGGCAGUCUCAAAAGGUGCUUCAAGGUCGCAUCAUUCGGCGAUUUGUAAAUGGAAUGACCGAGCAAACACUGUACUCGGCAUUUCGGACGUGGGAAUUGACGACGCGGGAGCUACGAGUCGAGCAGUCGACGUUGGCGUACCGAGCAAAACAAGGGCUUAUCUUGGACUUGAGCAAGAAGAAGCGCCAAGAGCGAUAUAGGAUGCUCGUUGACAGCAAAUAA